AUGGCUGCGGGAAAAAAGGAACUUUUGAUGUUGGAAAACUUCAUAGGUGGACAGUUUUUACCCUGUAACUCAUAUAUAGAUUCGUACGAUCCGUCAACAGGAGAAGUCUAUUGCAAAGUACCAAAUAGUGGAAAAGAAGAAAUUGAAGCUGCGGUGGAGGCUGCCAGAGAGGCCUUCCCUGCCUGGUCGUCCCGGAGCCCCCAGGAACGUUCUCUGGUCCUGAACCGACUGGCUGAUUUGGUGGAGCAGUCCCUGGAGGAGUUAGCCCAGGCUGAAUCUAAAGACCAAGGGAAAACCCUCACACUGGCCAGGACCAUGGACAUUCCUCGGGCUGCUCAGAACUUCCGGUUCUUUGCUUCCUCCAUCCUGCACCACGUGACGGAGUGCACACAAAUGGACCACCUGAGCUGCAUGCACUACACCGUUCGCACCCCCAUGGGAAUCGCUGGUUUGAUCAGCCCUUGGAAUUUGCCCCUUUACCUGCUGACCUGGAAGAUCGCCCCGGCCAUCGCUGCUGGGAAUACUGUGAUAGCCAAGCCCAGCGAACUGACAUCUGUGACUGCGUGGAUGUUGUGUAAACUCAUGGAUAAAGCAGGUGUUCCACCAGGUGUGAUCAACAUUGUGUUUGGAACCGGGCCCAGGGUUGGUGAGGCCCUGGUAUCCCACCCAGAGGUACCCCUGAUUUCCUUCACUGGGAGCCAGCCCACAGCUGAGCGGAUUACCCAGCUAAGUGCCCCCCACUGCAAGAAGCUCUCCCUGGAGCUGGGAGGCAAGAAUCCUGCCAUCAUCUUUGAGGAUGCCAAUCUGGAGGAGUGUAUCCCAGCAACUGUUAGGUCCAGCUUUGCUAACCAGGGGGAGAUCUGCCUCUGUACCAGCAGAAUCUUUGUCCAGAGGAGCAUCUAUAGUGAAUUUCUCAAGAAAUUUGUAGAAGCUUCCAGGAAGUGGAAAGUUGGAAUACCUUCUGACCCAUCAGCCAACAUGGGUGCUUUGAUAAGUAAAGCACAUUUGGAGAAAGUCAGAAGUUAUGUAAUGAAAGCUCGUGCCGAGGGGGCCCAGAUUCUGUGUGGUGAGGGUGUGGAUCAGCUGAGUCUUCCCCUCAGGAACCAGGCAGGCUACUUCAUGCUUCCCACGGUGAUAACGGAUAUUAAGGAUGAGUCCUGCUGCAUGAAGGAAGAGAUAUUUGGUCCCGUGACGUGUGUGGUCCCUUUUGACAGCGAAGAGGAAGUGAUUAAAAGAGCUAACAGUGUUAAGUACGGGCUGGCAGCCACAGUAUGGUCAAACAAUGUGGGGCGCACCCACAGGGUGGCUAAGAAGCUUCAGUCGGGUCUGGUCUGGACCAACUGCUGGCUCAUCAGGGAGCUGAACCUGCCCUUCGGCGGCAUGAAGAGCUCUGGAAUAGGAAGAGAAGGAGCCAAGGACUCAUACGACUUCUUCACCGAAAUAAAAACCAUCACCGUUAAGCACUGACUUUCCUCUGUGGAGAAGCUGCUGCGGCCGAUGCCUGACCGCAGAGAAUCAUGGGUGCGCUGCUGUGAACAGAAAUCCCAGUCUGGACUUGCCAGGAGACUAGCUCUUGCUGACCUUCACUAGUUGGUAUUUUUACCAGCUUGUGAAAAAGAAAAUGCAGUUUUUAAUGUGGAAUGAGAAGAAGAUGUCUAAAGAGGAGACACAACAAAGCCAAGCAGCCAACAGUCUCCCUGACCCUCAUGUCACGCCUUCAGAGAUGUCAUCGUUUGGUUGAAUUCUUGAAAAGCUGCCCAGAUCAGAUAGUUUCAUUUACAGAUAUAUGGCAAAACAAAAACAAAGGCCUAUGGAGAUAGAGAGAGGACCAGGGAGUUGGCUCAGUGGGUAAAGGGCUUGCUGUAUAAACAUGAGUAUCUGAGUUCAGAUCCCCAGCAGGGUAAAAGCCUGACAUGGUAGCACACACCACACACCACACACCACACACAUGUGUGCACACACGCACACACACACACCACCACCAUCACCAUCAACAACAACAAACUUGAAGAGAAUCAGCCCGCCAUCAUUUUCUAUCUUGGAGAAGCCGUGGAGAUGGUCUCCCUCAACCCCUAGCCACUAGCAAACUGAUUGACGAUUGGCUGACCCCAUUAAUAUCAGGAAGUGAUGGUGUCACACAUGAUAGGUCUUACUACAUACAUCUGAUAAGGGCUGGGGGGAUGGCUCAGAGGUUAAGAGCACUGCCUGUUCUUCCAGAGGUCCUGAGUUCAAUUCUCAGCAACCACAUGGUGGCUCACAACCAUCUGUAAUGAGAUCUGGUGCCCUCUUCUGGCCUGCAGGCAUGCAUGCAGACAGAAUACUGUAUAUAUAAUAAAUAAAUAAUCAUUAAAAAAUACGUCUGAUAAGAAUAAA